AUGGCAAACAACAACACAAACAACCUCGCCCUGCGUUCCAUUCUGGAUAAAGAUAAAUUGAACGGAACAAACUUUGUUGACUGGCAACGCAAUCUCUCCAUUGUUCUCCGCAUGGAUGAAAAAGAGUAUGUGCUCGAAAAGCCCAUUCCUCCUGCCCCUCCCGCUAAUGCCCCGAAAGCGGUCAAAGAAGCCUACAAGAAACACCACGAGGACAUGAAGGCCCACGAGAUGAUCGUGGCCUUGCGGCAGCUAUACCAGGGGAAAUCCAGGCAUGAACGUUUUCUCGUGAGUAAGGCUCUCUUUAGUUGCAAGCUCUCUUCAUGGAACCCGGUCGGUCCGCACGUUCUCAAAAUGAUUGGUUACAUAACCAAUCUGGAGAAACUCGGGUUCUCCUUGCAGAAGGAGCUGGCAGCGGACCUGAUCCUGCAGUCGCUCCCUGAGCUGUAUAAGGGUUUUGUCAUGAACUACAUGAUGCAUUGAUGUACCCUCGGAUGACUCAAGCAAAACCACCCUCUCCCAAAUAUCCAAAAAAAGUUUUAUCUCCUUUCUUUUAUCAAAAAUAAAAUCUUUUCCAUCAAAAUAAAAACCUUUGUUUCAU